UACAAGAAAUGUGAAUAUAAAAAUUAAUAUGUGAGAAGCAAUAUUUAUGGUGAGUGAAAAUUAAAUAUAUAAGGACUUGGUUAUUUUCAUCGCGUGCAUAAAAGUGGUUAAUCACAUUAAUAACGUUAAAAAGGCAAUACAAGCUUUGGAAGUGUUUUAGUACGCGUGUGUUGAUGUGAUAAAUAAUGUUAAAAAGGCGAUAAGUGAUAGACAAAAUGGCGAUGGUGAUAUCACAGACGACUAAAGCAGCUAUUGCUGGAUGUUUAGCUCUAAUGAUAUUAGGAGCUGUUCUGGUCGUUGGUGUGGCGUUCGGUUGGUUUGAUCCCAAACGAGAAGAUGAAGACACACCUGCAAAGAUCAGUGCAAGACUUCAAGGCCGGACAUCUUUCGUCACUCACAGAGCUGUGAAUCCAGACGAAAGCAGAUUACCAGUUAUUUUACAUACAUCCUCAUAUUCUCAGAAAGGAAAUAAAUUCGAAAAUGGGUCGAGAGGAAUAGGCCCGUCCGGGAUGGACCGUAAAGACAAACGUGUAACGCUGUCGAGUCAAUGCCAAUGUACGGUAAAUGAUAUAUUUAGAAUGAUGGAGGUUGUACCUGGUUUGGUUGGACCACCUGGACCUCCAGGGCCGACUGGUGCCGAUGGCAUGACAGGUGCCCCAGGAAAAACUGGACAAAUAGGAGAAACAGGAGCUCCUGGACCUCAAGGGACAAAGGGUGACCGUGGAGAGAGGGGCGAUACAGGUCCCACCGGAAUAGAGGGCCAACCAGGACCUAAAGGAGAGCCUGGUGCUGAUGGUUCACCAGGUCUUCAGGGACCGCCGGGACCUCCAGGUCCACCUGGAUUGCCUUCAUCGCCAAUGAUGGAAUCAACAGGAUUAUACGUAGCUGGGGAUCGUGGAGUUAUGGGACCUCCCGGCGAACGAGGCCCAAUGGGUCUACCCGGGCCCCAAGGAGAAAGGGGUUACGCGGGGAAUAAAGGCGAAAAAGGAUUACAUGGGGCUAAAGGCGAUAAAGGUGAACGGGGGUACGUGGGAUUGCGGGGGCCACAUGGUGCGAAAGGGGAACGAGGGGUGCCAGGAAAAGAUGGCACACCUGGUUUGCCCGGCGCUCACGGACGCCCAGCGGAAAAGGGUGAAAAGGGUGCUCGCGGACUUCCUGGUUUACCCGGACCUUCAGUAGUCGGCAUUUCUGAAAAUUCUGUUUUAAGUGAAAUCGCACUUCCAGGAUCUCGUGACGUCAUGAAGUUGAAAGGCGAAAGAGGAGAAAGGGGCGAAAAGGGUGAAAAAGGUAGCAGAGGUAUGGAAGGCCCACAAGGUUUUCCCGGCACUGAUGGAAGGCCUGGUGAAAGAGGGGAUAUUGGCCCAUCAGGUGUCCCUGGACCUCAAGGAGUACUGGGUCCAAUUGGUCCAAAGGGAGAUAAAGGAGAUCCCGGUCCACCCGGACCUGUAGCAAUUUCAAGAGAAGAAGCUUUGAUCAUGACCAAGGGUGAAAAGGGUGAGACCGGUCCCAGGGGAAAACGGGGUCACCCCGGCGCUCCAGGCCCGAGAGGACCGCCAGGGCUUCCUGGACCCCCCGGAGUCCCUGGAAUUAAUGGACCUUCUGGUGAUAUUGGCCUGCCAGGAUGGACGGGUCCACCGGGUGUAGCGGGUCAACCAGGCCCGCCGGGACAAAAAGGUGAAAAAGGAGACUCCGGUAUAUCACCAGCCGACCUCGAAAAGGUAAAAGGUGAAAAAGGUGAACGUGGCUACGAUGGAACCUCUGGACCACCGGGUAAAGAUGGUCCUAGAGGUCCGCCUGGACCUCCAGGAACUCCAAGCACAAGUUUGCAAUAUAUUCCGGUGCCAGGCCCUCCUGGCCCCCCAGGGCCACCCGGGCCUCCUGCGGUUUUCACGAAUAAUGUUCCAAUCGACGCUUUGACAGAUAGCCCUGGGAUUAAUCGCCUUCAACCUGGCACAGGAAAACCACGAGAUCCGCUACAAAUUCUAAGAAACUUGAAUAAUUUGAUGCAGUACCGCCAAGAACAAUUUGAGCCUGGAAUUCGAGAUUCACUAGAUAGUGACGGAGAAAAUACAGAUUUCGAUGAUGAAGAAGAUGGCAGGACUCUGGUCGGCACUAUACUAUUUAAAUCAACUGAAUCAUUAUUACGGUUGGGAACAAAUACUCCUCGAGGAACAUUAGCAUACGUAUUGCAAGAGCAAGCGCUCCUUGUAAGAGUCAACAAAGGCUGGCAAUAUGUUGCAAUGGGUUCGCUUCUAAAGAUACCGAGUCCGCCGGGUAGCGGCGUUACGCUCACUCCAGUUCAAAAUAUAUUAGAAACUUCUAGUUUGGUACAUCAUAAAAACUCGGCAACAGGCGGACCUGCGCUUCGUCUGGCAACACUUAAUGAGCCUCACACAGGCGAUAUGCAUGGAGUCAGCAGCACAAACUACGAAUGUCACAGACAAGCUGAAAGAUCCGGAUUAGAUGGAACUUUCAGAGCCUUUAUUACUUCAAGGGUACAAAACAUAGAGUCCAUAGUGAAUUGGGUGGACCGUGAAAUACCAGUAGUGAAUAUCCGAGGGGACAUUCUCUUCAAUUCGUGGGGUGAAAUGUUGGAUGGGUCUGGUGCUGUAUUUGCACACGCUCCUAAAUUAUACAGCUUCAAUGGAAAAAACGUAAUGAUGGAUCCCAGUUGGCCAACAAAAGCUGUUUGGCAUGGGGCCACACCAAAUGGGGAACCGGCAAUGGAUGCGUAUUGUGACGCAUGGCACAGCAGUAGCCCGACAAAAUUCGGAUUGGCCUCUUCAUUACGCUCUAACAAGCUUUUAGAUCAAGAAACGUACCCGUGCAGCACGCGACUAAUCGUGCUCUGCAUUGAAACUACUCCGCUUAACACAGUGAGAAGAAAAAAACGUUCCAAAUAUCGGGUAUCCGACAAAACACAUUUCCUCAAAGACAUCGAAAAACGAAACGAAACUCUAAACUUAUAGAUUUUGCAUUUAAUAAAGAAAUUGUGAAGACUGUACAUAAUUGUGUGUAGAAACAGACAUUUCUAAAUAAUUAAUACAUGUGGAGCAUAACGACAAUAUGACGUUAUUUUUAACGGUUUCCAACUAUGUAAAUAAUAAAACAGAAAAUAUUGGUUAAGUCUCAGUAAUCCUUUUAAGUCAGACAUUGUAGUUGAAGUUACACUUAUGACUUCGAACGACGGACGAGACUAGGAUUCGUGAUUAUAUUUUAAGUAGUAAGAGCAAAUUGGUAGACCUACAUUUAAUAUGAAUUCAGGUCUUUACAAUUUUAAAUAAAACUGUAGAGCAGUGAUAUAACAGAAUAUAAAUUAAUACUAAAUACAUCGUUUUUAUGAACAAAUUGAGAUAUUUUCCACUAAUUAAUUAUUAUUCUAGUAAAGUGUUUUCUCUCAUGUAAAAAGGAAUAUAAUUUAAACACUUGUAAUUUCACUAUCAACACGUCAGUCAUAAUAAACCAUUGCAAUGCUAUAAAUCAUACAAAAUCGAACAAUAAUUUCCAGCAGUGAAAUGUAGCGCUUUGAUUGUCCACCAAUACCAAUAUUUUAUAAUCCUAGCUGGUUUAUGGUCGAACGCUAUUGUAAACUGCCAAAAUAACAUUGUGAAUUGUUAGUUGGGAACCGUGUUUUAUUUAUGGUCAGCCAUAAUGAAUAUUAGUCGUUUUGUAAAUAGUUGGCUUUUAAAGAUUUUUCUAUUAAAGAACCCUGUAUAGAUAGACGAUUAUAUUAUCUGGAUGUAAAUAUAUUCCUGUUAAAUAUUAGGAUUUAAGUAACUACUGCCAUUUUCGGUAGUUCAUUGUUUGUUGAUAUUUAUUUAAAAAUAUUAUAAAAUUUAUUCAAUAGACACAUAUUUAUAGUCAAUUUCGUAAAUAUUGACGAACAAAGUGACAUGUUAUAUUUCGUUGUUUAAAAUUUUGCAUAUUUAAAAUAUUAUAAAUAGUUUUAUAUACUGUGAUAAGGCAGGCUUGCAGAGGACAAUGGAUAAUGAAAACAUUUUGUUGUAUUAAAACCACAAAUAUUUGAUAAAAUGAGCAUUGCUAUCAUAUAUCAUAGAUGUCAUAUUUGGUACAUUGAAAUUUU